AUGCAAGAAAGAAGACAAGGAGAUGACAGAAUCUACAUUGUCACAACCGUUUUCUUUGCAUGCAUUGUCGCAGGUGGCGUAUUCUUAGGUCUUUACAUAUUCCUGCCUGAGGCAGAAUCUGCUCUCUGGUAUCCAGUUGCAGGGAUCAUUCUUGUAGGCAUUCCCUGGAUCUUUUGGAUUGGUAUUUACCUCUACAGGUGUUGUGUACAUGGUUGUUGUCAAAGCAAUGGAGGAAAUGUUAACAGGGUCCAAAGCAGCUUAACGAAGACACAAUCCUAUGCUUCCACAGGACCUGUAGCCAGAUCAAUGCAUUCAUCGGAAAAUGAUAAUUCACCAUUGAGAUCGCCUAAUGGUGAUCAUCGUCAUGUUCAUUUUGGAGAGGUUGUUGUGCUCGGAACUAGAAAGUAUAAUCAGAAUGACGAUGGUGGUGAAAGUCAGCAUGAAGAUGCAAAGGGGUAUCCUGAAACAGAACAUGAAGGUAACGAGAAUUCUCAUGACAGCAUUGCAUCUGAUAAAGAUGCAUCUAGGAAAGGCGAGGCACCACUAAUCGUGUCAGCUUCAACCUGA